UGCGCCCGUGACGCAGAUGGGAAAAUAAUAAAAUAACUGCAGAAGACCUUUCUGAUAAAGAAACUUUCUGGCUUAUUCGCAAUUUUUGUUGCUGUUAUUUUGCCGCUGAAAGCGCGAGUUUGCAACCCAAAACCUCACGCGUUCUGUUAGUGCAAGCGCGUGCGCAGAAGAGCCAGCAAUUGUUACGGUCACAAGUUCGAACGUUUUUCGUGUGCCAAUCAAGUGUUUUAGACAAAAAUGAGAGAGUACAAGUAAGCCGCGUUUGACUAUGAGCAUCCCAAGCAAACUGUUCGAAGAAAUAUGCAAAGCAAAGCCGGUGACCGUACCAGGUCUUGACAUCUCGGAGUUCCGCAUUUUGCUACUGGGCCAAGCGGGGGCGGGGAAGUCCAGUUUCUUCAACACGAUAAGAUCUAUUUUCCGUGACCAUAUUACAAGUCUGGCGAACGCUGCAAAGCAUAGAGGAAAUGCUACAUCCAAAUUUUAUAGCAUCUUUGGAAUCAAAUCGACUCCAGCAGUACCUUCUAUCAACUGGGGAAUCUACGAUACGGUGGGACUGGUACCUAACCAUGGACUGAGCGUAAAUGAGCUGAUAUACAUGGUGGACGGAAACAUACCUAACGGAUUACAUUUUCGUCCCUGUGGCCGUAUAACACCAGAAAGUCCCGGAUUUAUCGAGGGUCCGACCUUCUCGCAGAGAGCCCACUGCGUCGCGCUGGCGAUUGAUGCAUCUACGGUCACUUCAAUACCAGAAGAUUUAUGGAACAUGUACAAAUCACUUCAGGACGCGCUUAACGCCCGCCGAAUUCCCUUGGUGGUUCUAAUGACCAAGAUAGACGUCGCGUGUCCACAGACCCGCACCAACAUCAUGCAUGUAUUCCACAGCGACAUCCUUCGAAAACGAGUGCGCCUGAUCAGCCAUAAGCUACAAGGAUUGCCCGCCAACAAGAUCUUCCCAAUUAAGAACUACGAGUGGGAAACCGAGAUGUCGGUGAAUGUGAAUAACCUUUCUCUUAUGGCCUUGCGUCAGAUGUUACACUUCGCUCAAGACUACGUUGAUGACAGAAUUGACUAUCUGCGCGAGACAGGGGGUCUGAAUCGCCUGAGCAUGCGCCAGGUGAUGUGUCUGCUCCUAAUGGUGUUUGUAGUGGUGGUUUUCGUCCUCUAUUGGACUGGCGAGCUUCACUGGCUUACACAUUUACUUGAAUCAUUCAAGAGCGACGAAGAGGAAACAGAGGACGAUUAUUACUCAUGAUUAAUUAGACUAAUUAGUCGUUACACUGAAUCUGAUUGUCAAAGUCAAAGAAGAUUAUAUUUUUCUUAAAAAUUAACAUAUCGUCAGUUGUGAUUUUUUCAUACUUUUGAUUUAUCAUAAAAAAAACUCUUUAGAGAGCCAAUAUAUGAAUAUAGUCAACGCACAAGGGAAGGACACGUGUUAUAGUGAAAUCUUAGUUAAAAAAAAGGCUAAGCUCAUAUCUCA